ACCUUUUACCAUUAAUCCCCCAACACCCUAAACCUUAAUAUUUAUUUUUCCAAAAAAGAAAAAUGGCACGUCCAAGCAAUAUAAUCAUCACGAUCCUCAAUGUGCUUACCUUGGCCAUGGCCAUUUUGGCCAUUGGGUUUUCAAUGUGGUUGCAAAUUCACCCUGGUAAUUCAUCUCUGUGCCAAAAAGUCCUCCACAAGCCUUUGUUGUACGUGGGAUUGGCCCUUUUUGUGGUUUCAUUGCUUGGAUUGAUCGGUUCAUGUUGCAGGCUUUCAUUUUUCAUGUGGCUAUAUUCGGCUGUGCUGUUUCUGAUGAUCCUGGGGUUGAUCUGUUUCACCAUUUUUACCAUAAUUGUGACCAACAAGGGUGUUGGAAAGGUAUUGUCUAAGCGAGGGGUGCAGGAAUAUAGAUUUGGAGAUUACUCAAGGUGGUUGCAGAAUUAUGUGGUGAAUGCUGAAAAUUGGGACGAGAUCAAGAGCUGUUUGGUUGAUGUCAAUUUCUGCCGAAAUAUUGAUACCGGUAAACCACCUGAAUUUUACCAAAAAGGCCUGCCUCCUAUUCAGUCGGGUUGUUGCAAGCCUCCAGCAUACUGUGGAUUCGAGUCCAAGAAUGCAACUUUCUGGACAAUGCCGGAAACAGGGCCAGCCGUGCCGGACGCCGAUUGCAGGACUUGGAGCAACGUCCAAACGCAGCUCUGCUUUGAUUGCCAAUCAUGCAAGACAGCAUUCCUUGACAACAUCAAGAAAGAAUGGAAGACUCUUGCCAUCAUCAAUACUUGCAUCCUCGUCCUUGUGAUUGCCAUCUACUCGGUUGGCUGCUGUGCACUGAGAAACAACCGGAGGAGCAAAGGAUACGCUAAGCACAGAGGAGGAUACCUUUGACCACUCUGAC